AUGAACAGCACUGACUGUAGUAGCUCUGAAUUCACUGAUGGCCGUAUCCCUGUCUCUGGAGUGCCGGUGUGCCGGCCGCUUUCCGUCAGCUCUCAGGAAAUGGGCACUAGCUCAGUUGAUAGUCCAGGGCAGGAGUGCAUGGUUUGGGAUUCGUUAUCCAGGUGGGUUUGGGUCAUAUCUCAGCUGAGUCCUUGUGCCCCCCCCCCCAGGCCUCUGCAUGUGGCUGCCCGCAACGGUCUGACCGUGGUGGUGCAGGAGCUGCUGGGGAAGGGUGCCAGCGUGCUCGCGGUCGACGAGAACGGUUACACCCCUGCCUUGGCGUGUGCCCCAAACAAAGAUGUGGCCGACUGCCUCGCCCUCAUCCUGGCCACCAUGAUGCCCGUGUCUCCCAGCAGCGCCAGCAUCCCCAGCCUGGGCUUCAACGCCAUUAACCACUACUCGAGCCCGUCCAAGACGGUGACCUUCGACACUCUGCCCACACUGAGGACUGAGCACAGCUCCUACUGCAAUUUCAACAACGUGGCCCGCGAGGACGGCUUCUAUGCCCCGGACGACGAGCUCAACGACUCGGACUCGGAGACCUACUGAGGACCCCAUGUGUACCCGCUUCCCCGACCCCGUCCCCGUCUUAAUCACUAGGGCCCGCCUGGUGGAGACCUACCCUCCAGCCAGGUGUCCCGAAGACUCAGGAGCCUUAAAUUGUUGGAGAGGGCGGGAGAGUUACCGCACGCUGGCCCACACUGUUUCUCACCUACCUAUGCUUCUUUCCUUAUCCUCAUCGGCGGUGCCAGAAACCUUUCUAGCUUUUCUCGUAACUGUGUUCUUUUGUUUUCCGAAUGAAAGGAAAGUUUUAAACAUGAAUUAAAAAAAACAAAAAAAUACCGACUCCUUUGAGCCAAGCUGUGGGCGAAACUCGGGCGACAAGCCAGCGUGCGUGAUGCGGGCACCCGGAGGGGACGAGGCCAAAGGGACCAAGUGGCGAGCAGGCGUCUGCAAGCCCUCGUUAGCAUGACGAAGAGAAAGAGAGGGAGCCAGGGAUCGUGUCGGCCGUGGUUAAUUUAUUGUGUCCAGUGACCAGAGUUCUGAUUUCUGUGACGUCUCAGUACUCGCAGAUUUCAAGAUGCGCCUCCUCGCCUCAAUAAUCAAAAACUGGGGGAGAAAAAAAUAAAUUAUUUUUUGGGACGAAAUUUUAAUACGAUGGCCUUUUCUCACGCAUUUCUUACGUAUGAUUUUUUUUUUGAGACCAGCAAUGCGUGGUGCAGACAGGGUUUUUACACUAAAGCUGCAGUCUCCGUGCGCUUGCAACCACAUCUGACCACUCCCCUGUCCCCCCCCCCCUCCCCCCGUCCCCCCACGGUCCAGACCGCCAGCGGGCCAGCGGGGAGUGUAGUGGGAGACGGAGAUCAAACCGUGAGAAUAAGCUGUCCCUUCCAGUGCUUUUGUUACUUUAGAAAUAAAAUCAUUGUUUUUCUCCUUUUUUCCAUGGCGAUAUCAGUUCUUUUCGCCUCUCUCCACGUGCCUUCUGGAUCUGGACGGGGGAUUCCACCCUCUGCCUCCGCUGCGGAGUACAAUUUCAGCCUGCAGAAUUGUUAUACAAUAAUAAUUUAAACAAAGUAAAGCACCUAUAUUUUCAGUCCCGGCGUGCGUGGGACAUCCGUUACUGCGCAGCGUCCGGUUAAUCAGAGGCUUGAUUAGGUCCAAUUUGGCCAUAGCUUAACGAGAGGGGACCUCGACACUAAAACAGUUCUGAAGGAUGGUAUCAAACAAUAGGCCAGUAGCACAAAGCAGACUGAGACUUUAGCCCAUGGAGAUGAAGUCGGUGGCAGGUUAGCCUGACUGCUCUUAUAAUCCCGUUUUGUUUUUAUUUUUAAUUUUUUUUUCCCUCCGUCUGUGAAGCCAUUUUGUUUGUGUGUGUGUUAAUUAAAAUCUUAUUUCAAAAAUCUAUUUUAAACUGGAUUUGUGUACAAUGCUGAUUUUAUGCCGUUGGAAUGGGAUAGUGUGUCUUUCCGGAAGGACGGAGCUGGCUUGUACAUAGUGACAGUGACUACCCGGACACUUAUACCUGCGUUCUUUCAGUACGUCUGGGAUUCCUGUAUAUUUUAUGGAUAAUAAAAUCCAGAAGUGGGUUAUGUAAUUUAA